CGCCUAAAAUACCAUUGCGUUUAGGAACAAUUUCUAAUUUAACGAAAUUCGAUAACUAUUUUUUUGGAAUUAAUUCAAUACAGGCAAAAUUUAUGGCGCCAGAAAUAAGAAUUGCAAUGGAAGUUACGUUUGAAGCGAUCAUUGAUGCCGGAAUAAAUCCUGUAGAGUUACGGAACAAGAAAACCAAUGUUUACGGGGUAUUGAGUUUAUAUGAGUCAGAUAGUUAUCUCUUGAAUGAUAAAACUCAGGUAAGUUGAUAAAUUUAUUUAAUGGAUAUUAUGUAAAGGCAGUAUCAUUCGAUCUGAUAUUGUUAAUAUUUUCAUUAUAGUUAGAUGGAUAUAGUCUACUAGGAUAUUGCCGUGGUUUGCUAUCAAACCGAAUCUCGUUUUGUAUGGGUUUAAUUGGCUCAAGCUGCACUAUCGAUUCAACCAGCACAUCAAGUUCGUUAGCAAUUCAGAAAGCGUACGAGGCUUUAAAAGCUGGUGAUUGCGAUUACGCGAUUGUUAGUGGGGGAAUCUUAAGCUUACUUUCCCAAACAUCUUAUCAACUUUUGGAAUUAGGUUUAUUGUCGAAAGACGGGGUAAAUAAAUCUUUUGAUAAGAAUGCUUCUGGAUUCUCGAGAAGCGAGUCGAUAGGAACAAUUUUCCUUCAAAGAGCCAAAUAUGCAAAGCGAGUUUAUGCCGAAAUCAUUAAUCUUUGCCCGAAUUUCAGGCUUCUAUAA